UGGUUUAAGUACCAGAAACAGAGGAUGCUUUGGGAUGAGAGCUGGAUCAUUGACUUCAGGCAGAUCAAACAUGGUACUUCUCUAUUAUUCUAUAUGUGUCAAAUAAAUAUUAAACCACUUCUGUCUUUUUGUAUUUGUUAUUUAUGUUGAUUGUAUUGUAACACUGCUACCCUCCCCCUCUUUUACCCCCCCCAGACCAGGUAGCCCGGACUACUAUGGGCAGUAUCAUGUCUGCCCCUAUUGCUAACAGUGAUUCCAACGCUAGCCGUGUCACCGCUCUCAGCUCCUGUACAGCCCACGCGAACUCACGCAAACAACUGUUCACACACACCGGGAUUUAGUGAGUGUCUCUGUUCACACACACCGGGAUUUAGUGAGUGUCUCUGUUCACACACACACCGGGAUUUAGUGAGUGUCUCUGUUCACACACACACUGGGAUUUAGUGAGUGUCUCCGUUCACACACACACCGGGAUUUAGUGAGUGUCUCCGUUCACACACACCGGGAUUUAGUGAGUGUCUCCGUUCACACACACCGGGAUUUAGUGAGUGUCUCCGUUCACACACACCGGGAUUUAGUGAGUGUCUCUGUUCACACACACACCGGGAUUUAGUGAGUGUCUCUGUUCACACACACCGGGAUUUAGUGAGUGUCUCUGUUCACACACACCGGGAUUUAGUGAGUGUCUCUGUUCACACACACCGGGAUUUAGUGACUGUCUCUGUUCACACACACCGGGAUUUAGUGAGUGUCUCUGUUCACACACACACCGGGAUUUAGUGAGUGUCUCUGUUCACACACACACCGGGAUUUAGUGAGUGUCUCUGUUCACACACACCGGGAUUUAGUGAGUGUCUCUGUUCACACACACCGGGAUUUAGUGAGUGUCUCUGAAAAACACACAGACACACCAGGAUAUAUACACACUCCUAUUCUACAGUCAUCUCCUGUCCUGUCAAUGUAUAGAUGAUCCUAUUCUAUAGUCUACCUGUUGAUUCUCUCCUGUUUCUCUUCUCUAGUGAUGGCAGGACAGUGGCCAUCAAGCGGAUUCAGACCAAGACCUUUUCUCUGUCCAAGACCAUCAGACGAGAGGUCAAGCAAGUCAGGUGGGGACAAUAGAGGUCAACAGGUCAGGUGGGGACAAUAGAGGUCAACAGGUCAGAUGGGGACAAUAGAGGUCAACAGGUCAGGUGGGGACAAUAGAGGUCAACAGGUCAGGUGGGGACAAUAGAGGUCAACAGGUCAGGUGGGGACAAUAGAUGUCAACAGGUGAGGUGGGGACAAUAGAUGUCAACAGGUGAGGUGGGGACAAUAGAUGUCAACAGGUCAGGUGGGGACAAUAGAGGUCAACAGGUCAGGUGGGGACAAUAGAGGUCAACAGGUCAGGUGGGGACAAUAGAGGUCAACAGGUCAGGUGGGGACAAUAGAGGUCAACAGGUCAGGUGGGGACAAUAGAUGUCAACAGGUAAGGUGGGGACAAUAGAGGUCAACAGGUCAGGUGGGGACAAUAGAGGUCAACAGGUCAGGUGGGGACAAUAGAGGUCAACAGGUCAGGUGGGAACAAUAGAUGUCAACAGGUCAGGUGGGGACAAUAGAGGUCAACAGGUCAGGUGGGGACAAUAGAGGUCAACAGGUCAGGUGGGGACAAUAGAGGUCAACAGGUCAGGUGGGGACAAUAGAUGUCAACAGGUCAGGUGGGGACAAUAGAUGUCAACAGGUAAGGUGGGGACAAUAGAGGUCAACAGGUCAGGUGGGGACAAUAGAGGUCAACAGGUCAGGUGGGGACAAUAGAGGUCAACAGGUCAGGUGGGAACAAUAGAUGUCAACAGGUCAGGUGGGGACAAUAGAGGUCAACAGGUCAGAUGUGGACAAUAGAGGUCAACAGGUCAGGUGGGGACAAUAGAGGUCAACAGGUCAGGUGGGGACAAUAGAGGUCAACAGGUCAGGUGGGGACAAUAGAGGUCAACAGGUCAGGUGGGGACAAUAGAGGUCAACAGGUCAGGUGGGGACAAUAGAGGUCAACAGGUCAGGUGGGGACAAUAUAGGUCAACAGGUCAGGUGGGGACAAUAGAGGUCAACAGGUCAGGUGGGGACAAUAGAGGUCAACAGGUCAGGUGGGGACAAUAGAGGUCAACAGGUCAGAUGGGGACAAUAGAGGUCAACAGGUCAGGUGGGGACAAUAGAGGUCAACAGGUCAGAUGGGGACAAUAGAGGUCAACAGGUCAGGUGGGGACAAUAUUUGAGUUUUCCUCUACAGUUUAUAAUGUAGAAGUGGUGGAAUGUUUUACAUAAAAAUGAAGCGAAGAGAUCUAUAAUUUAUAUAAUAAUAUGGAUUGACAAAUAUGCAAGCUCUCAUUUUAUAUUCUCUAACCUCUGUCCAAUAGGGAGCUGGACCACUCUAACCUGUUAGUUCUCUGACCUCUAACCUCUGUCCAAUAGGGAGCUGGACCACUCUAACCUGUUAGUUCUCUGACCUCUAACCUCUGUCCAAUAGGGAGCU